AUGGCUGAAGCCGAGGCAACUGCUGUCACUUCACAGCAGGGCACGAUGGAUCGUGGGGUGCGUGAUACAGUGCUCAGGUGCCGCCAAAACGAUGGUGAGCUCAAGUCGUCGAGCGUCAACAAGAACGGCUGCUUUGACAACGACCGCAUUAUCAAGAGCGGUUAUGUCGAGAAGCGAACAGCGAAGACAAAGAAAUGGAAGACAAUCUAUAUCGUCCUUCGGCCAAAUACACUGUCCAUGUAUAAGAAUGACAAAGAGGACAAGCUCCGCCAUCAAAUACACCUGUCAGACCUAACUGCUGUAGCCUUUCUCAAGGACCCAAAGCAUAAGCGUGAGAACGUUUUCGGAUUGUUCUCGCCGUCGAAGAACUUUCAUCUCCAAGCUCCAACCUCAAAAGAUGCUCAGGAGUGGGUCGGGCUGAUACGGAAGGAUGCGAGGAUUGAAGAGGAGGAGGGAAGUUAUAUCGCCAGCUCACUGGCGCGCAGCCUCUCAUCCAACAGGCUACCGUCUUUUGACUUGCUCGGACGAAGUUUGGCUGGGCAUGACAGCGACAGAAUCUAUUCAAGCUCACCAGAGAACAACGAUCCUCCUGUUCCAACCCUCAACCGUACUAGCCGACGAGAAUCUUCCAACAUGGAUUGGUCCGGCAUGUCAGGGAACGAGCUGCCUUUUCUCUCAGACGGUUCCGGCCAUGAAGGCGCACAUCGGAUACGUAACGCCUUGAACGAGAGUCCGACGGGGUACCCGCCGGUCGACACGGGCUCAUUACCAAGAGGAACACCCCUAGGAGACCACUCUUCAAGCCAACUGGCUACAUUGCACAAUGCCGGCAAUGUCGAGAGAGAUCUGGACCGAGUCAUCUGGCAAGGCCGGCUGUGGAUGCUCCGGAGCAAGAGAGGCGUGCGUCAGUGGAAAAACUUGUGGGGGGUAUUGCGGGCGCGCAAUUUCAUUCUGUACAAGGAUGCCUCUGAGUACACUGCCGAAUGGAUCGUGCAGGUCUCUGCCGUCGUUGAAGUGGUGGAGCUGGAUCCCGUCAGCCGAAGGAAGGAGAACUGCCUGCAGAUAAUCACCGAGGAGAAGAGCUACCGGUUCUGUGCCCGCGACGAGGAGAGCUUGGUGCAAUUUAUUGGAGCCUUCAAGAGUCUGCUUGCUCGCCGACGGGGCCAGGAGGCGCGCACGGCGGCCGUUUCAUGA